GACGCAAGAAGGAGAAAAAGCGACCAAACCUGACAAAGCGGCUGAAGGCAGAGCGGAGUCUGUCGGUGGAAGAGACGCAUGAGACGCCGCUCGCGCCGCAGGAGCACGCGCGCUGAUGGAUUUUAGGACGCCGCGCCCCGGACAGCUUUGCCCUCGCGCUCCACCAGCUUCACUACAGCCCCACGAACUUUGUGUUUAGCUGACAAGUGCGCCGCGAGAGCGGUGGGGAUGUUUGCGCUCUAGCAGGAGGAACUCGGUGACGGGAGAAAAGUUUUGAGGGGGGACGGGGGGGACGGCGCAAUGGUUACCGAGCUGUUUUCCAAGGAUAACUGACGCGCGUAAAGUCGGAUUUGUUUUUGGAGACAGUGGACCACGCAGCCAGACGGCUUUGGAAUAUUCUUGCGCGUCGAUGCUGAUUGUGGAAUAACAAACGAAGAACAGGCUCCCAGAUUGUUCCCGCUGUGUGGAGUUGGAGACAUUCCUGUCUGUGGAUUCAGCUCACGCUCACUGACUCAGUCCUUAUCUGUGCCAAAACACAGAUCAUCGCGAUUCCAGGCUCCCUGCCUUUUCUCCUCCCCUUUUUCAAUCCAGGUGAUUGGUGUGAAUUCCAGUGAGUGACCGGCCGACCGGGCAGCAGUUGAUGGUUGGGCGGACCCCCUCAGAUGGGAUCAGUGUCCAGGGGGAGGUGGAAGAGGGGGGCAUGGGGAGUGUCAUCCCUCACUAACAGGAUGGCCUGGCUGCUGGCCGCCAUCCUGCUGUCCCUCCUGACCGUGGGCCUGGCCCGGCCGCCACUCACCGCUGCCAGGGAGGAGGCCACUUUGGAACCCGAAGAGGCAUCGAACAAAUACCAAAUUUCUAAGCCCACGGUGUGCUCAGUGCACCCGGGGGAGGCGCUGAGGCUGAGCUGCCCUCUGCCCGCGACGGGGACUAUCACAUGGACCAAAGAUGGCAGCUCUCUGGGCACCAACAACCACACAGUGAUAGAGCAGGACGUGCUGCAGAUCCGUGAUGCCACGCCCAAGGAUUCAGGCCUGUACGCCUGCACCAGCGUAGGCAAAGACACGGUCUUCUUCAUAGUCAAUGUCACAGAUGCCAUCUCCUCGGGGGAUGAUGAGGACGACACAGAGCGGUCAGAGGACACUGGCUUGGAUGGAGUUCAGUCAAGGCCUCCAUACUGGACCUCGCCGGCAAAGAUGGAGAAGCGUCUGCACGCGGUGCCUGCUGCCAACACGGUCAAGUUCCGCUGUGCUGCAGGAGGCAACCCGAGGCCCAGUCUGCGCUGGCUGAAGAACCAAAAGCCUUUCCGCCAAGAGGACCGCAUGGGAGGGUACAAGGUGCGUUCCCAGCACUGGACUCUGCUCAUGGAGAGCGUGGUGCCGUCCGACAAGGGCAACUACACCUGUGUGGUGGAGAACGAGUUGGGAUCCAUAAACCACACCUACACCCUGGAUGUAGUGGAGCGGUCUCCUCACCGUCCAAUUCUCCAGGCUGGUCUUCCCGCUAACACCACUGUGCACGUUGGUGAAGACGCCCGCUUUGUGUGCAAAGUUUACAGCGAUGCUCAACCUCACAUCCAGUGGCUGAAGCACAUCACCCAGAACGGCAGUCGCUUGGGUCCUGAUGGCCACCCCUACGUCAGAGUGCUAAAGACAGCCGGUGUUAACACCACAGAUAAGGAGAUAGAAGUUCUCCACUUGCCCAAUGUAACAUUUGAGGAUGCUGGGGAGUACACGUGCUUGGCGGGUAAUUCUAUUGGGAUCUCCUAUCACACUGCUACUUUGACGGUGCUUCCAGCCCCUGAGAAAUCUCCAGGGCCAAUUUCCCCAGACUACGUGGAGAUUGCAAUCUACUGUGCGGGCGUCUUCCUGAUCCUGUGCAUGGUGGUCAUCGUGGUGGUGUGCCGAAUGAGGACCACCGCAAAAAAGCCUGACUUCAACGGACAGCCAGCAGUCCACAAACUGACCAAACAGCUUCCUCUGCGCCGCCAGGUAACAGUGUCAUCGGAUUCAAGCUCUUCCAUGAACUCAAACACUCCCCUGGUUCGGAUCACGACCCGGCGAAGUUCUGCCCACGAUCUGCCCAUCCCGGAAUAUGACCUUCCAGAGGAUCCGCGAUGGGAGUUUUCCCGAGACAGGUUGACCCUGGGCAAACCUCUGGGUGAGGGCUGCUUCGGCCAAGUUGUAAUGGCAGAAGCCCUUGGCAUCGACAAGGACAAACCCAAGGAGGCUGCUACUGUCGCAGUCAAGAUGCUGAAAGACGAUGCCACUGAAAAAGACCUGUCUGACCUCGUGUCAGAAAUGGAAAUGAUGAAGAUGAUGGGCAAACACAAGAACAUCAUCAACCUUUUGGGUGCUUGCACACAAGACGGUCCUCUCUAUGUGAUAGUAGAAUAUGCCUCCAAAGGCAACCUGAGGGAAUACCUCAGAGCCCGACGGCCACCCGGCAUGGAGUACUCCUAUGACAUUGCUCGUGUCUCAGACGAACAACUGACCUUUAAGGAUCUGGUGUCCUGCACUUAUCAGGUGGCACGAGGCAUGGAGUACCUAGCAUCAAAGAAGUGUAUACACAGAGACCUGGCAGCCAGGAACGUCCUGGUUACGGAGAGCAACGUCAUGAAGAUUGCUGAUUUUGGGCUGGCCAGGGACGUCCACAACAUCGACUACUAUAAAAAGACCACAAAUGGUCGACUCCCGGUGAAAUGGAUGGCUCCAGAGGCUCUCUUUGACCGGGUCUACACACACCAGAGUGAUGUCUGGUCGUUUGGGGUGCUGAUGUGGGAGAUCUUCACCCUAGGGGGUUCGCCCUACCCUGGCAUUCCUGUGGAAGAGCUUUUUAAGUUGCUCAAAGAGGGCCAUCGCAUGGACAAGCCUGGAAACUGCACCAACGAGCUGUACAUGAUGAUGAAAGACUGUUGGCACGCCAUCUCAUCUCAAAGACCCACUUUCAAGCAGCUUGUGGAGGAUCUGGAUCGGAUCCUCAGCCUCAGCACCAACGAGGAGUAUCUCGAUCUGUGUGCCCCGACAGAGCAGUAUUCCCCCAGCUUCCCCGACACCAGGAGCUCCUGUUCCUCCGGUGACGACUCCGUAUUUUCCCACGACCCUUUACCGGACGAGCCCUGCCUCCCCAAGUACCAGCACAUUAACGGGAACGUCAAAAGAUGAGCCUUUCCCCACAGGGCUCCAACCUCAACUUCACUCGGACACCUUCUCUGGAAUCAUCCGGCCCAUCUCCUGGGCCAGGAUGGGACGAUGCUGGUGUCAGCGCUGCUGUCACACUAACACUGCCAUGCACUCACACAACACACAAAACAUGCUGAUGUGAAGCCUUAAAGAGGAGGACUCUACAGAAGCUACUAUAGACUGACUGAAGGAACUUCAUUCCCCAGGGAUGCUUCUCCUUCAUCCUCCUCCUCUUCUCACAGAAUAAACUUUUCCUGUUGGUUCUUAUCUUUGCACCCAGAGCUUCAAAGACGUUUGGUGAUCCAGUUGGAGAACUGGGAUUCCAAGGUUUGCUGCUGGAGGAAUGUAUGGACUGGUGUGACCUUUAGGUGACUCGAAAAAGAAGACGAAUAGGAAACGGACUGAUAGACAGAUUUAACUAACAAAACAGGAACAGGAGGAGAACAAGUAUCAAAUCUUCCCUCCUGUUUAUUUUGUAAUAUUGGUACAUUUCUUUUUAUGUUUCUUGAUAAACCUCCCCAAUUCUUUUGGAGAAAGAAUACACAGUAUAAUGUAUAGUGCUGGGUAUAUUUGUAAAUAUAUUCAAAUAUGUAUAAAAUAUAUAUUUACUAUGAAUUAUUUUUUGUAUGAACUUGGAAGUAAGCCCUCUCCCAUGUUUUGAAUUUUAAAAUGAUGUGUCCUUUGGUUUUGCUUCAUGGAGACGUGGACGCACACAGAAAACCUUCCUGCGCUUUUUUUUUUUAACAAAGUUGGCUUCAGGGACCGAGGUAGCGUGUUAAUUUAUUGACUUACGUACUUUGAGAGGAAUCAAAAUUUUUGAAAAAUUAUGAUGGAAAUGAUGACAUUAAUAAUGCUGAUAGUACAAAAAUAAUCACUUAAAUGUAUUCUAAUUUAAAAGCGAUCUUUCAACAAUAACAGGAAAAAAAAAAGUAUUUUUAGAGCAUUUAAUGAAAUUCAAGUUUUUAUGAGUUUUAUAUAUGAAUGUGAAUAUUAAGUUAAAUUUUAAAAAGUGUACAUUUUAUAGCCACUUAAUCCCUUUCAUGUGUAGAUGUUUGUGUCAUCUCUAUCCAGUCUUUUGUAGCUGCGCUUUAGGAAAUUGCAUUUUCUGGAUAUUUAUGUAUAAUUGAAAGACAUAAGACGUUUACCAAUCUGCCUCUGUACUUAGAUAAACUGUCAAAUUUACCUGAAAGGAUAAAAAUCUGGAGAAGAACGCGUCAAAGGUUUUUUUUUCUACUGGACCAACAUGCAGUUGUUGUUUUGCAGGGGUUCCUACAACAUUUGCAAAAUAAAUAUGGAAAUUUGUA